UGCGCAUUCAGCUGAGCGUACCCCUUGGACAGAGAAGAAGUGACGUCAGCCAACAGCUAAAAGCCAACAUGGCGGCCGUGUUGAGGUUUGUCAACAAAAAUGCGUUGAACUCAGCGGUAACGGGACAACAGUACUACUCGCUGAGCUCUGCAGCAAAGGCUGGGGCGAGAGCAGGUCAGGCUCUCCCUGGAAAAGUGAAAAUAGUGGAGGUGGGACCCAGAGAUGGCCUUCAGAAUGAAAAGACUAUUGUCCCAACAGAGACCAAAAUCCAUUUGAUAGACUUGUUGUCGGAGUCUGGGCUUUCAGUAGUAGAAGCCACAAGCUUUGUGUCCCCCAAGUGGGUUCCACAGAUGGCCGACCAGGCGGAGGUAAUGAAGGGUAUUUGUCGGAAACCUGGGGUGUCUUACCCGGUCCUCACCCCCAACCUCAAGGGCUUCCAGGCUGCUGUGAUGGCAGGAGCCUCAGAGGUUGCCAUAUUUGGUGCUGCAUCAGAGCUGUUCAGUAAAAAAAACUUAAAUUGCUCAGUGGACGAGAGUUUGCAGCGCUUUGACGAGGUAAUGAAAGCUGCUAAAAAGGAAGGAGUGCCAGUAAGAGGCUAUGUGUCAUGUGUUCUUGGCUGCCCAUAUGAAGGCAAGGUUGCUCCUGCUAAAGUUGCACAUGUGGCCAAGCGUUUGUACUCCAUGGGCUGCUAUGAGAUUUCCCUCGGCGACACGAUUGGUGUCGGCAAUCCAGGAAGCAUGCAGACAAUGCUUGAGGCGGUGAGCCGAGAAGUUCCAGUCGAUGCACUGGCGGUGCACUGUCACGACACGUACGGCCAGGCCCUCGCCAAUAUCUUUGUAGCCUUGCAGAUGGGUGUCAGUGUGGUGGACUCUUCAAUAGCCGGACUGGGAGGUUGCCCGUACGCACAAGGUGCUUCUGGGAAUGUUGCAACAGAAGAUGUUGUCUACAUGCUUCAUGGACUUGGGAUUCAAACUACUUCUUCCCGCAAGUGAAAAACAGUUGUGGUCAACCAAGCCAAGAUAGUUGUUGUGCCGCAAGCAGCACACAGACUAUCUGAGUAUGCAUGGGGCCGAGAUCUUCCUGCAAAAAGCAGAUACAAGCUUUUUUUCUUCAAAAAAAAGAUUUGUCGAGUGAUAAUUAAUAGAAUUGUGUGAUGAAGUGAUUAAAUAAGAUUAUCCGUCGGUGGAAAUAUCUGGAAAAGCAUGGAUGUGUACAACUUCUUUGUGUGUGGCUGGAUCAAGGAAAUCGACAUCAAGACUCUUCCAGAUAAAUAUACAUAGUUUUUGCUCGGGUAAAGUUGUAAUUUAUGAUUUAUCUUGGUGUGUACAGCCAUGUUUGUUGUCGUUGUACACGUCAUUUAUGAUCAUGCGUGUUUUUCCACUGUUUAUGAAAAUAUAACUAUUGAUCCCAACAUUGUGUAUGUGUUGAAAGCUUCAUUUAUGAUUGCUGACCUUAGUAAAAGCUUAACUCUUUUAGGUUUUGUUCACACUCGCCGAGUUGGUGCUUUUUGAAUCCCUCGUGGCAAAAAUGUGUUUUAAGAUGUACAAAUAAUAUCAAUAUAAUACUUAACUGGGAAAUACUAAACAUUAAAGGUACAUCAAACAAACCUUUAACAAAGUUAUCAUUGCAAACUUGUGCGUUCUUUGACUCUGCUCCCUUUUAAACGGGAGUGCGUGCCCUUUUUUCGUCAUCGUUUCCUAAAAUCUCGCAUUCUUCUGCCAUUCUUGAGGACCUCUCGAGGAACUCUGAAGAAACGUUUAUCCCUUUUCGCGAUUUGAACAGUUCGUACAGCCAAAAACAGUGCAAGCAUAAAGCCUUUUCCUUGGACAAAUGCUAAAUGGCGCCGAGUACCCAUUGAGAACGGACACUAGCUUGACCACCAUCCAUCCAUUUUCUACCGUUUGUCCCUCUCUGGGUCGCAGGGGGUGCUGGAGCUUAUCUCAGCUGCAUAUGAGCGGUAGGCGGUGUACACCCUGGACAAGUCGCCACCUCAUCGCAGGGCCAACACAGACAG